CAGCCGGGUCUCGGGGGCCCUCGAGGCAGAGCGCGGCCGGAGGCGGGGCCAGCCGAAGUCCGCCCGCGCACCCUCCUGCCCUGCCCCCUCCCAGGUGAAGGCCAACCUCCGGGAUGGCGGAAGCGCACCAGGCCGUGGCCUUCCAGUUCACGGUGACCCCAGAUGGGGUCGACUUCCGGCUCAGUCGGGAGGCCCUAAAACACAUCUACCUGUCCGGGAUCAACUCCUGGAAGAAACGCCUGAUUCGCAUCAAGAAUGGCAUCCUUAGGGGUGUGUACCCUGGCAGCCCCACCAGCUGGCUGGUUGUCGUCAUGGCAACAGUGGGUUCUUCCUACUGCAAGGUGGACAUCUCCAUGGGGCUGGUCUGCUAUAUCCAGAGGUGCCUCCCUGAGGGAUGUGGCCCCUACCAGACCCCACAGACCCGGGCACUUCUCAGCAUGGUCGUCUUCUCAACGGGCGUCUGGAUGACAGGCAUCUUCUUCUUCCGCCAAACCCUGAAACUGCUUCUUUCCUACCAUGGCUGGAUGUUCGAGAUGCAUGGCCAGACCAGCCACUUCACCAAAGUCUGGGCUAUCUGUGUCCGCCUUCUGUCCAGCCGGCGGCCCAUGCUCUACAGCUUCCAGACAUCCCUGCCCAAGCUUCCCGUGCCCUGCGUGCCAGCCACAAUUCAGCGGUACCUGGAAUCUGUGCGGCCCUUGCUGGAUGAUGCGGAAUACUACCGAAUGGAGACGCUGGCCAAGGACUUCCAGGAGAAGACUGCCCCCAGGCUGCAGAAGUACCUGGUCCUCAAGUCAUGGUGGGCAACGAACUAUGUGAGUGACUGGUGGGAAGAGUAUGUGUACCUGAGGAGCAGGGCGCCCCUUGUGGUGAACAGCAACUACUACGUCAUGGACUUCGUGCUCAUCCAGAAUACAAACAUACAGGCAGCUCGCCUGGGAAACAUCGUCCAUGCUAUGAUCCUGUAUCGCCGUAAACUGGACCGGGAAGAGAUCAAGCCUGUGAUGGCGCAGGGCAUUGUACCCAUGUGCUCCUACCAGAUGGAGAGGAUGUUCAACACUACUCGGAUCCCGGGCAAGGAGUCAGACCUGCUGCAGCACCUCUCGGACAGCAGGCACGUGGCUGUCUACCACAAGGGCCGCUUCUUCAAGGUGUGGCUCUACGAGGGCUCCCAGCUGCUCAAGCCUUGCGACCUAGAGAUGCAGUUCCAGAAGAUCCUGGAUGACCCCUCCCCACCUCAGCCUGGGGAGGAAAAGCUGGCAGCCCUCACUGCAGGGGGAAGAACGGAGUGGGCACAGGCACGCCAGGCCUUCUUCAGCUCUGGCAAGAACAAGGCCGCUUUGGAUGCUAUCGAGCGUGCUGCUUUCUUCGUGGCCCUGGAUGAGGAGUCUCCCCACUAUGACCCCGAAGACGAGGCCAGCCUCAGCCUCUAUGGCAAGGCCCUGCUACAUGGCAACUGCUACAACAGGUGGUUUGACAAGUCUUUCACUAUCAUCGCCUUCAAGAACGGCCAGCUGGGCCUCAACACGGAACACGCGUGGGCAGACGCACCUAUCAUAGGGCAUCUCUGGGAGUUUGUCCUGGGCACUGACACCUUCCACCUGGGCUACACGGAGACCGGGCACUGCCUGGGCAAGCCAAAUCCCAUGCUUAUGGCUCCCCAGCGGCUGCAUUGGGACAUUCCUGAGCAGUGCCGGGCCAUCAUCGAGAGCUCCUACCAGGUGGCCAAGGCACUGGCAGACGACGUGGAGCUGUACUGCUUCCAGUUCCUGCCGUUUGGCAAAGGCCUCAUCAAGAAGUGUCGUACCAGCCCGGACGCCUUCGUGCAGAUUGCCCUGCAGCUGGCCCACUUCCGGGACAGGGGCAAGUUCUGCCUAACCUAUGAAGCCUCCAUGACCAGGAUGUUCCGGGAGGGACGGACCGAGACCGUGCGUUCCUGUACCAGCGAGUCCACGGCCUUUGUUCAGGCCAUGGUGGAGGGGUCCCACAUGGUGACAGACCUCCAAGAUCUCUUCCGGAAGGCUUCAAAGAAACACCAGAACAUGUACCGCCUGGCCAUGACAGGGUGUGGGAUAGAUAGGCACCUCUUCUGCCUUUACCUGGUCUCCAAGUACCUGGGGGUCAGCUCCCCUUUCCUGGCUGAGGUGCUCUCAGAACCCUGGCGCCUCUCCACCAGCCAGACUGCUCAAUUCCAGAUCCGUAUGUUUGACCCGGACAAGUACCCCAAACACCUGGGUGCCGGUGGUGGCUUUGGCCCUGUGGCAGAUGACGGCUAUGGGGUUUCCUACAUGAUUGCGGGCGAGAACACCAUCUUUUUCCACAUCUCCAGCAAGUUCUCAAGCUCAGAGACAAAUGCCCAGCGCUUUGGGAACCACAUCCGCCAAGCUCUGCUGGACAUCGCUGAUCUUUUCCAAGUUCUCCAGGCUGACAGCUGAGGGCUGGAGAAAUGCCAGCUGCCCUUUCAUCCCCACACUGUGGAAGAAGGGGCCUGUGGUCGGCUCACAGGCGUAAGGGGUGGCCAUGCACAGGUGUCCAGCCUCCAAAGACAGCUCUGGCAGCAGGCACUCCCAAAACAGACACUGCUCCCUGAGGGCCCAGGUGGUAGAAGUGGGGUUGGAGCAGGGAGGGAAUUUUGACUUUUUUUUCUUGCUAGACACUAAUAAAGAUAAGCCUCUGUAAUUCUCUCUUA